UCAGAGAUGGAAUGCAAUCGACUGCAAUGGCGUGGCGUUUGAGGGAUUUCCCCAAACGAAGGAGUGAAAGUCUGGAAAUUUGAGCGUGAAAAUUGUACGAACACCAACUAAAUUGUUAUACAUUUCUCUACAAGAAUAUAAAGAUUUCAAUCCUUUGACCAAAUGAAAUUUGCCGAGGGGUUAUGUAGCGAUAUUAAGUUUUGUUCAUUGGUCCGUGACGAUUAUGUCAAAUCGUCAUUACCGGAAUCUCGCACACCAAGCGGUAAACAUAAUGAAUGAGGAACAGGAGGCCUAUGUGGAAAGUCCAAGUCUUCCAGCGAAUCUACCACCUCAGGCAGACAACAAUGCAGAACGCGGUAAUUCAGCGGCCAAUAGCGGAGAAAGUGACCAAGCGAGAGUUCCGGCAAGUGACCAAGCAAUCGCCGCCAAUGCUGAGAACUUAGAUAGGGUCGAUGGUUAUGAUGAAGUUUUUGAUCAAAACGUGAGCGCAGAUUUUGAAUGUCCCAUAUGUAUGCUGGUAUUACGUAAUCCUGUUCAAACAGGAUGUGGACAUCGCUUUUGUGGAGCGUGCAUCAAUAGACACUUGGCAAACGUUCACACUUGCCCAAUUGACAACCAACAGCUGGACCCGAGCGAGAUAAACGCUGAUAAUUUUGCUAAGAGGGAAAUAUAUAUGCUUCGUGUUAAAUGUCGGACUGUAAAGAACGAAAAGGAAUGCCCUUGGAUCGGAUGCCUGAAAGACGUUGAGGAACAUUUAAAAACUUGUCCAUUUGUGGAAGCGCCAUGUCCGAAAGGGUGUAAUCAAAAUGUAGAGAGGAAAGCGUUGGACCAUCAUUUGAAGAAGGAAUGUCCAAAACGAACAACAACCUGUACACAUUGCAAGACUGAAGUGCUCCAUAAGAACUACAAGGAUCAUUAUGGAAAGUGCCAAAAAGUAGUUGUUCCUUGUCCCAAUUGUAAACAGAAGAUGCUGCGAGAAAAGUUGGUUGCUGGACAUGAAAAGGAGUGUCCCAAAGGACAGGCUGUGUGUGAUUUUAAAUCGUAUGGAUGCAAGUGGACGGGGCAGCGAUUUAAUCUCCAAAACCAUCUAAACAACGAAAUACAGUUACAUUUGUCCAUGCUGUGCGCUGCUUUAGCCGUAUUGUUACCUCAAAACGGAAAGGAAAAGAGCAAAGGUGCUGCCAGUGGAGGUGCUAGUGCAAGUGCAAAUGGCAAUGGUACUGUGAGCGCGACCGUCUUAGAGGAGUUCAAUCGUCAACGUAACAAAAACACUGAGGCUAUUGCAACUUUGGAAGCCAAGCUGGUGGAAAUGGAGCGAAAAUAUCGUGAACUAAGAGGCCGCACUGAAAGACAACAAAGGGAUAAUGAAUCUGGCGUGACAGCUUUGAAGAAUACUGUAAUUGAUCUGGAAGCACGUAUGUGCAAUGGAGUCUACCUGUGGAGGAUAGAGGGGUAUCCAACUCAUCUAGAAAACGCUCGCGAGAAUGUUGUUACAGCAUUGCACAGCCCUCCAUUUUAUACCAGUUUCUAUGGCUACAAGUUAUGCCUCAGAAUCAACCCAAACGGAGUGGAUACUGGCUAUGGUACUCAUGUUUCUUUGUUUGUUCAUAUGAUGCAGUCACCCUGGGACGAUACUCUGGAGUGGCCCUUUUCAGGCAGGAUCUCCCUUUCCAUUCUUGACCAAAGUGAUGAUGGAGAUUACAAACGUCAUAUCAGCGAAACGUUGGUCACCAGGCCUAAUCUUUUGGCAUUUCAAAGACCAACCACUCCCCGAAAUCACAAAGGCUAUGGAUAUGUGGAGUUCGCCCAUAUCGAGACAUUGCAGGAUCGGCAAUACGUUAAAAAUGACUGUCUUCUGGUUCGCGUUCAAGUUUUUCAGUGAAUCAAGCGUUAUAAUACUUUUCAUAUAUCCGAAAAAAUACAAAAAAACUUUAACUACAAAGAUAGAAAUAAAUUUAUUUCGACGUUUUGUCCAUAUUUUAGUCAUCGCCAAGAAAUAACGCUUAAUGCUUGAAAUAAUAUAUGACAUAGAAAGUUCAGAUGUUUCGUAUACCAAUAAAAAGAUAUAUAAAUGCUAAAGUUAAACCCAAAUCUGGUAUCAUGCAGAACCAUGAAUCUUUAUUAUUACUAUUACAUUUAGUUUAUUUACAAUAUAUAACCACGCCUGUCUAACUCACAAUCUUCCUGUUUGAAGAACUCGCUGUAAACCCGCAAAUUUCACUAAACUCCAUAAUUGAUAAAUGGUCUAAUAUAUUACUACCCUACUAUUAGCACAUGCAAAUGUAUUAUGUCAAACAUGAGGCAUUAUUUCCUGACGAUGACUAAAAAUAUAUUCGGGGCGUUGAAAUAAAUUUUAAAACAAUUUCUGUCUCUGGAGUGUACUGUUCUUUUGUAUUUUAUUUAAUUACUUUGUGAUUGUAAAAUGUUCGUCCUGUCUGCGUAAAAUUGGUGAUUAUUAGAUAUAUACAUAUUACUCUGUUUCUCGCGAAGAUGAGAUUUUGUGAAAGGGCAAUACAGAAAAUGUUAUGGUCACAUUUAAAAACGUUUAAAAUCCAGAGAAUCUUGUUACAGGGUUUCCAUAUUUUGUGAUGUUUUGUCAAAAUGAAGGAUUUUGUCCAAAAAGGAUUUAGAAAUUGUCGGCUGAUUAAUUCUCAAUUCAUUACCUAACUCUCGUUUGGAGUUGAGCCUUAAACUAUACAAUCAUGAUUUGUAAACCCGUAAAAACGUUAUUGUGUUUUCUGCAUGUCUCUCGUCGAGAAUGCGGUUUAUUGCUUCGACAAAAUCGGUCAUUUUUUUAUUUCAAACAAACAAUGGUCUUGCGUUAUGUUUCCGAAUCAUAUUUACCAGUGAGUGAUAUUUAUCGCUUAAAUUUAGCUUUUUCGUUGGAGAAUCCGAAUUUGAGGUGUAAUAAUUUAGUUUGAGUAUAAUUACAAAGCCAAAGGUGACCACUGAAAAUUCUGGCUUCUGAUUGGUCGAUCGACCUCGGAUUAUUAUGCAAUAUUCACCUAACCGAAUUUUUCAAAAUGCCGGCGAGCUGUUUUUGUCAAAGGUACAGGUGAAGAAAUAAGUUAUUUUAACGAAAAUACUGUACUAAAAAGCACAAAAGAUUUGUAAGAAUUAGGCAUAAAAUUAUUUCGAGGUAAAAAACUACGUUUUCGAGUGCUUUUUAACUUUAUUUUGCGAAAAUAUUACUUUAUUUAAAUCGCCCUAAAACUGUCGAGAGGUUUGUUUACCUUUGCAAAACUUUUUUAAAAAUAUUACCUAUAAAAAUAUAUAUUAAAUAUAAAAAUAUUAUCCUCGUUAAUCUAGGACGGCGGACAAACAACUUAUUUCUUUAAAAUCCUUAAUCUGUGACAAGAUUUUCUACAUACUUGGAUUUCCAGUUGAGAAUGGAAUUGCGAAAGUUUGUCCGUAAAAUUUUCUAGUUUGAAAACAAUUGUGUGACGUCAUCAAUAAUGUUACUUGGUGACGAUCACCAAGUUGUGAAAGAAAAACUGUCAUCUCUGUCAAGUUUGUGACUGUAAAUAGAAGACGUGAAUAGCGAUGAAUAGCCGCUAUUUCUACUGUAGUUUUUCCUUUAACAACUUGGUGAGCCUCACGUAGUAACAUUAUUCGAUGACGUCAGAAGCAUUGUUUUCAAACUAAAAAAUUUAAAGAGCAAGCUUUCGCAAUUCCAGGACAACUCAACUGGAAAUCGCAGUAAUAUCAAACGUUCUUCAAAGUGAGUUCGCUCCGAAAAGUCAUGUUGUCUAGUAAACAGUAGUUUUUUUAAGGGAUUUUCUUAUCAUUCACUUCGUAACAUUCUAAAUUUUUAUUGGUUGAUUUACUAGCAAAUAACUGCGUGCAAAUGAUAAUAGUUAAAAUGUUCGAAAUAAGAUCUACAAAAAUUUAUGACCGUCAACACAACUUUUUUGUGUUUUUUGGCGCGUUUACUUGGCUUUAUUAAUUACAUUUGACUUUAAACGUUACGUUACAAUUGUAUUUCAAAUGUGAUAAACAUGCUGUAUAAACCAUAAAAAUAAUACACAUAGAAUGCGCGCUGAUACCUCUUCCCUAAUAAAAAUUUGUCUCCAAAUAAAAGUUUUUUUGAAUGAUUUCAAAAUGGCGCAUUAAUAAGAGUACAGCAUGAAAAAAUUUGGGACACGUAUUCGUGAUAAGUACGCAUUCUGUUAUUAUUUCUAUGGUAUAAACCCAGUAAACGCACCAAAACAGUACAAAAAACGUUGUGUUAGUAUAGGUAAUAGUAUAAUUUCGAGUGCAAUUACGGAUUAAAAAGCACGAGUGAGUUUAAGGCUGCAAAAUAGCGCAAGUUUCGAAAGGCGAGCGUUAUUUGCAGUCUUUAAAAAAUCACGAGUGCGUGUUUAUCCGUAAUUGCACGAGAGAAAUUAUAGUAUUACGUAUUAAUGAUAUGCAAGGAAAUCUUUGAGAAUAUAUUUGUAACAGGAUUUUGCACUGUUGUUACAGUAAUUUGCACUGUUACACAUUUUUGCACUAAUGUUUGAGAUUAACUGCACUGAAAUCAACCAAUCAGGGUCGAGAAACAUUUCCUUGUAUAUUAUUAGACGUGAUAAUUGUUUAUACGUCACGUUUAUAACAAUUUCGAUUUCAAAGUCAACGUGUAAGAAUUAAUUAUUACAUUUUUUAAAGGUAAAGAAACGCGUGAAAAAAGUUCACGCGUCAUGCUCGAAUGUAAGUAUUGAACUCGCUUUUUGUAAAAUAUUGUUAUUUGCUAAUGUCUCGCAAAUCUGCUCACCAUCGACAUCGACAAAUGACGAUAUUUUGCUCGACCUCGUCCAACAAGUGAUUAUUAGUUGCCAUAAACCGACGCUGACUAAUUCUGAUUUGGGUUUCCUCGUUUGUAAAAAGAAUAUUGAAGAUGACAAGAAUAGAGGGUGCAAAACUUGUUGUUGUCCGUAAGUUUAAAACCUUUCGCAAAGCAGAAUCUUCCAUCUUAGUUUAUACAGUGGAAAAAUUUUUAUUUAUACGAUCUAGUCUAUAGCUGAUAACUAAGAAUUAUUACCAUUCAAGUAGCAUGAACAAUAACGAUACAAAAAUGAAUAUGAUAAAUGCAUUUGGAUGUAGCUAACUGCUGUGUGUUUGAAUUGAGCAACAAAUUUUACAGUUGCACUAUACUGACAGGGUCACAGAACAGUGGUAGUACCAUUGCCAGGCAGAAACUUUUGGGGUUCAAUUUUCCACGGCAGAGAAAGGGGUCGGAUGAAGAUCACUUAUUUUCCAUCUAAAUUCUAAAUUUAAAACGUUGUGGCGUUAAAAUCUUGUGACGUAAUUACCGAAAAGGUGAUGGUGCACAGACGAAAGCACAGGCUGAAUUCAGCUUUUUUUGCAGGGUGUACACGACGCUCGUGGAAGGACGACAACUGCAUGUUUUCUCUAUGCUCCCAAAGAUUGAAUUAUAAAGAUCAAGAUGUGGUUUCGAAAUCCUCUCCGCCACCGAACUUGGAAGAACUUUGCCACCCAGGGUGUGACCUCGCGUAACCUCAACUUUACCCGCAUAUAUAUUCUAUAUUAUUAUAAUUAUAAAUGUUGCGUGAUGUUAUGUGCUGUGGAAUGUUAGGUGUGUCGUCCAAUGUCAAAAGUUACGAAAUAAGAUUGAUUAUUAUGUUGAAGGAAUUAAUUAGGUAUAUAAAAAUUGAUGUAAACUGGGUGUAGCAGUUAGUGUUGGCUAUAGAUUGAGAAGGAUAAAAGUUGUAAUAUUGAUUGUAUAAUAAAGUUGUUAAAAAAUGUCA